AUGGUAUACGAAAAGUGUUGUAUUAGUGGUUGCAAUACAACACGUGAAACGCACCGGCUCUUCAGAUUCCCUAGGAACGAUAAUUUAAGAAACUUGUGGAUGUCUUUCAUAGUGCCGACAAAUCCCCAGCUCAUUGUACUUUCCAAAGAACAGUUACUUAACAAACGUGUCUGUGAAAAACAUUUUGAUAUAUUUCAGUUCGACAAUGAAGGCAGAAGACUUCGAUACUCUUACCCGUCCUUGCUUACUGACAAUGAAAUAGCUCAUGGUGUGCCUCUGACUGCAACAGGUCAACCAAUAAGGCGAUAUCGUGGUCAUGCUAGUACAGUUACCUGUGUUAAGUUUAAUGAAGAAUCAACAAUGGCCAUUUCUGGUUCAGUAGACAAUACGGUUGCAUUUUGGGACACGUUGAGUAGAAGACAGGAGCCAGUGCAAGUGUUAAAGGAUGCUAAAGACACAAUUACUGCUGUACAGGUCACUAAUCAUGAAAUUUUGACCUGUUCAGUGGAUUGUCAUGUGCGUUUAUAUGAUAUAAGAGUUGGCAAAAUGACUUCAGAUUAUAUUGGACAGAUAGUUACAUUUGGUAGCAUUACUCAUGAUGGACAGUGCUUUGUUCUAAGUUGUGCUGAUAGCACAGUUAAGCUUUUUGAUAAAGAAUCAGGAGAGUUGCUUAAUACAUUCUCUGGUCAUGAGAGCAAAGAUUUACUUCUAGAGAAUGCUGUUAAUGAGAAAGAUAGUCAUAUUAUUUCGGGCUCUGCAAAUGGAGAGGUUUUUUAUUGGGAUUUAAUAAAUAGUAAUUGUACUCGAAAAUUAGUUCACUGUAAACAAAAGCCAGUUGUAACAUUAAGCCAACACCCAACUGAGAGCUACUUGUUAACUGCCUGCGAAGAUGAGGUAAAAUUGUGGGGUACAAAAGCUUUGGAAGAAUAA